UCAUCAGUUCAACGUCAAAGCAGGAGAGGAGAAGUUGAAGUGUCCGCCUGUGUAAGAAGCUGAAUGGGUGGAGGUGUUGGUUCAGUGUCUGCAGAGUGCAGUGGGUGUGAUGCAGCGGACUAAAGCGCCUGUGAGUGUGGAAGUGAAACAGGUGAUCGGGACUCUGUGCAGACUGUUAGCGGCCACCGGCCUGGAUGCUGUCCCCGCACCGGAGACUUUCAGACGGGCAAAAUUCGGCGGUGGACUCGAGGUGGAAGAUCAGUUUUGGCAGCUGCUCACCAACAUCCUUCAGAGAAGUGGAAGCGUCUCCUCUGAAGCCAGCGCACAUCUGAGUGGAGGGCACAGGAAGCUGGUGGCUGCGGGCCUCUGGCAGACUGGUUACCAUGCUGACUGGAUGUAUGGGAGGGAGGUAGGAGAAGGAGAGGAGGGAAGGAGUUUGUCCAGCAGAGAUCUCCUCCUGGCACUCGGCUGGCUGCUCGCGACAGGAACACUAGAGAAACUGCUGACACAGCGAGUACAACAAUUGGACAAAGCCCUGCUCACACCUAUACCUGAGGUGAAUACUCACAUCUCUCAUGAGCUCCAGUUAGACUCAGCCUCCCUGCGAAGACUUCACUGGCGUAUUGGAUAUCUGAGACACCAAAGGCGGAUCCUGCUGUCCAUGCUAGAGGAGCGAACUCGGUUGCUUCAUGCUGUUUCUUCUGCCGGCCUCUCCUCCUCUGUGUCGUCCUCCUCUGACCAGAGCUCCACAGCACUAAAGGAGGACUGUAUUCGUAUGCGGCAGCUCUGUGACCUCCUAGAGGCAUAUCUCAACUGGAAACAGGUGGAGAAAGUCUUCUGGACCUGGAUGGACAGUGUGGUGGACUGCCAUCUCACAGAUCCAGUUGUCAAGAAGCCUACACAUACACCCAGUGUGUGUCACCACGGAAACCAGGAGCUAGAGAAACUGGAGGACAUCCUAUUGAGACUGCCCACUGCACAGAAAGAACAGAGGAGAGGCAGAGAUGAUGAUGAGGACAGGGGAGGAGACAGGCUACAGACUGGACUGGGCGCCUCCUCCCUCACUCCUCUCUGCUCCCUGCCCUUCCUCUCCCAGGCUUACCGAGCCAGGCUCCAGGUUGAGAGGCCGGUCAGACAUGGCAUCUACCCAGCGGAAAGGCUCCAUGGUGGGGCCGAGGCUCCAGAUGAGCUCCCAGCAUCUCAGGCUGCUCAGCUGCUUCUUCAGACAGAGGCUCUGCUGCUGGAGAGGAGGGACAGGCAGAGACUGGCUAACAGGAUACAGCUGCAGGAAAUGAGUGGUGGACUGGAUGAACUGGUGUUGAUACCACCAUAGACUUUUAUUAAUUAGAUGAUUAAAUUUUUUUUAAAGUAGUAAAUGAGAUGCUCUUGUCAAAUGAUCUGUGAGAUAUCAUUUUUUCCUAUUUAAUGAUAUAGUUGAUAUUUUAGCAAUUUUAUUUGUUUAUAUAUUUUCUUUUUAACUUUCAUAAGGAAAUAAACUUUCAACAACUGAAGUUUGUUGUAGCUGAAAAUGAUAAUCACUUUUAUACAAUUACAUUUUUAACAACAUUACAGUGUUUCACACACAGAAGAAACAAAAGUUACAAGACAAAUCAGAGAAGAACAAAGAACACAAAGUUAAGAAAGAAUUCAUAAUAAAUGCAAAAUGUCCUCUGACAAAAAAAAAAUGUAUAUGUUAUUCACUGAAUUUACAAAAUUACUGGGGAAUAGUUAAUCUUAGUUUUCAUCUGCUUCUGUGUUAGCUCCAGUCUAAGAUGGGCUAACCACAUCCUCAAUCCAGCUCGGCUCUUUGUGUAUUUAAAAGCCUAAAGAUGCCUUAAUGUGCUAAAUGUGUCUGUAAAGUUUUGUUGUGUGUGGGCUAAUGGACCUUUACAGUUAUUUAUAUAACCAAUCAAUAUAAACGCAUACAUCUUG